CAUAACUUGUGAAUGAAUAAUCUAACAUGCUUUCAAUGUCAUAAAUUUCAGGCAUUUUUUGGUAUUUUUGAUGGGCAUGGAGGAUCCAAAGCAGCUGAAUUUGCAUCUAAGAACUUAGAUAAGAACAUUUUAGAUGAAGUUGUUAGAAGAGAUGAGGAAGAAAUUGGGGAUGCUGUCAAAUGCGGUUAUUUAACAACAGAUACCGAGUUCCUUAAGGAAGAUACAUCUGGUGGCACGUGCUGUGUGACAGCUUUGAUCCGAAAUGGAAACCUUGUUGUUUCUAAUGCUGGUGAUUGUCGCGCUGUUAUGAGCAGAGGAGGUAUUGCUGAGGCUCUCACAUCGGAUCACAGACCUUCAAGGAAGGAUGAACGGGACAGAAUUGAGACUUCGGGUGGAUAUGUGGAUUUACGUCAUGGAGUUUGGAGAAUUCAGGGAUCUCUUGCCGUAUCCAGAGGGAUUGGAGACAGGCACCUUAAAAGUUGGGUAAUUGCUGAACCAGAUACGAAGAUCUUUCAAAUCAAACCCAAUCAUGAGUUCUUAAUACUAGCCUCUGAUGGCUUAUGGGAAAAGGUUAGCAAUCAAGAAGCCAUAAAUGUUGCCCGAGAACUAUGCAUAGCUGUUGAUAAACCAGAACCAUUACUUGCUUGUAAAAAGCUUGCUGACCUCUCUGCUUCACGUGGCUCGACUGAUGAUAUUAGUGUGAUGCUGAUUCAGUUGGGGAACUACGUUUAAUCCUCUGUUCUGUACAUAAUAGAACACAAGACUAACUCAUAUAGGCAAUUGCAGAUUGACUCUGCUUGGUAGAAUAUUGUAGCAGCAGUGGUUAAGGAUAUUUUGUUGGUGUAGCAGGAUCUUCUAACCAUUCUUUAUGGGGAUUUUUCACCCACAAUUAAUUUUUGUUAGCUCAGCUGGAUACUCAUAUACAUAGUUGAAGUUGAUAGAUAAUACAGUCAUUGUUCUGUCUAUAUUUAACAUUUGUUAUUUUGAGUCGUAAAUUAAUAUAUUCUUUUAUAGCCA